GAUUCUCUUCCCUCUCGCUCCCCUUCACGGAGAGGCCGGGUGGGCAUUUUGUUCUGGAAUAGCUGAAUGGACGUUGGUGUCCCUUCUGCAGUAAGCUCCAUGGUGGGCACAUGGGCCCAGCAUGCUGAACAGGGCAGAGGCAGCAGUGCAGGCCACAGCACCCAGGUGAGCACAGGGUGACUGGAGUGUGAGUUCUGGCUGCUCUCCUCACACCCUGCUCUGCUGGGCGUGACCCCCAGCCCGCCUCCUGCUUUCUCAGAGGCAAAGGUCUGAGAAUUGAGAUUCACUCUGGCUUCCCCUUGGCAGGGAAACCCACAGGAGGUGCUGAGGAGGGGCCUGAGAUACAGCGAGGGGGGUGCUUGAUGGAAAAUUACAAACAGAGAUUCUCACUUCAAUCUCAGCCCUGCUGGGAAGUUCUAAAAUAUAUAGGGGAAGCUCCUGCAAAGGGAAAUUUCCCUUUCUCCCCACAACUUCCCCUCCUCCGUACCAUCUACAGCUGAAGAAGCAUCUUCAUUGCCUUGAAAGAGACACCAGCUGUUCUGAAUGAAUCUGAAUGAAUGGGCCUCGGUCAGUCCUCCAACACCGUGAGGGUGUGCUCAGGAAUAGAGACAGGACCCUGUUCUGGAUAAGCUCACUGGGCGCACAGCAUGGGACAUACACAUUAUUCAGUGCGUUUCACCACUCAUAGCUGCCAGGCAACCAGACAAGGCACAGCUGUGUGCCUUAGGGCUGCCUGGACCACACACUCUACCACCCCAGCCCCAGCCUUCGGAGGACCCACAGCAAACACCUACAACUCCCCGUAAGCACCUAUGUUAUCCCAAGCAGUUUACCCUAUUGCUUCAGCCCUCACAGCAACUCUACAAAGUGGGUAUUGUAAUAUACUGGUACCUUUUACAGAUUGAUAAACGGAGGCUCACAUGACGGUAAAUGAGAAGAGGAGGAGUUCAAACUCAGGUGUGACUGCAAACCUGUGUCCUUUGGGUUCCUUGAGGUGUGCUCUGGGCACUUUCUCUAGGAAAAUCCCAAGGAAGAGGGUAGUUGCUGUGCAGGUCCAGAGCCUGCCUCGAAACCACAGAGGGCAAGUACUUGGUGGAAAAGUCCAGCAUGUGAUUCACCCUCCUCCUGGACUCUGUCACUGAGGCCAACUCCCCUCUGAGGUUCUCGGUUUCCAGCCUGGGAGUUGGUGCUCUGUCCUCUGCUCUGGCGAGAGAGGGCUGGCCUCAUCUCCUCACCCCUAGGAAGGAGCUGGUACCAGGAGCGGGCAAGGUCCUGUCUCUCUGGGUAUUCCCGUAGUGGCUUCCCUGGGCUCUCCUGGGGACCUGAGGCAUGGAGCUGAGCUGACCACAGGAGCCGGGAUCGGGGCUGAGGAGGCGUGAAGCCCAGAGAGGAGGUGUGAUUUGCCUAAGGUCACACAGCAAGUUAGAGACUCAGCUCCACUACUUACUGCUUUGGCUGUGCCUCUCUCACCAUCUGGCCCCACUCCCAGCUCAGUGGCCUCUGGAUCCAUUACGGGGCUAUGGACAGGAAAGUGGCAGCUCACGAGGAUGUGCCUCCUAUGGUCACCUGGGUCCCUGAGGAGGGAGAGAAGCUGGACCAGGAAGGCGAGGACCAGGUGAAGGAUCGGGGCCAAUGGACCAACAAGAUGGAGUUUGUGCUGUCAGUGGCCGGGGAGAUCAUUGGGCUGGGCAAUGUCUGGAGGUUUCCUUAUCUCUGCUACAAAAAUGGAGGUGGAGCCUUCUUCAUCCCCUACUUCAUCUUCUUCUUCACGUGUGGCAUCCCGGUGUUCUUCUUGGAGGUGGCCUUGGGCCAGUACACCAGCCAAGGGAGCGUCACAGCCUGGAGGAAGAUCUGCCCCCUUCUCCAAGGCAUUGGUUUGGCAUCUGUGGUCAUCGAGUCCUAUUUGAACAUCUACUACAUCAUCAUUCUCGCCUGGGCCCUCUUCUAUCUGUUCAGCUCCUUCACCUCUGAGCUGCCCUGGACAACCUGUACCAAUACCUGGAACACAGAGCACUGCAUGGACUUUCUGAACCACUCAGGAGCCAACACAGUGACAUCCUCUGAGAACUUCACCUCACCUGUCAUAGAAUUUUGGGAGAGACGUGUUCUGGGCAUCACUGCAGGCAUCCACGACCUGGGAGCCCUGCGUUGGGAACUGGCCCUGUGCCUCCUGCUUGCCUGGAUCAUCUGCUACUUCUGCAUCUGGAAGGGGGUCAAGACCACAGGCAAGGUUGUUUAUUUCACAGCCACGUUUCCCUACCUGAUGCUGAUCAUCCUUUUGAUUCGAGGCAUCACGCUUCCCGGAGCCUAUGAGGGCAUCAUCUAUUACCUGAAGCCAGAUUUGUCUCGCCUGAAGGACCCGCAGGUGUGGAUGGAUGCGGGCACCCAGAUCUUCUUCUCCUUUGCCAUCUGCCAGGGGUGCCUGACAGCCUUGGGCAGCUACAACAAGUACCACAACAACUGCUACAGGGACUGCAUUGCCCUCUGCUUCCUGAACAGUGCCACCAGCUUUGUGGCUGGGUUUGUGGUCUUCUCCAUCCUGGGCUUCAUGUCCCAAGAGCAGGCAGUGCCCAUCUCUGAAGUGGCCGAGUCUGGUCCUGGUCUGGCCUUCAUCGCAUUCCCUAAGGCUGUGACUAUGAUGCCCUUAUCCCAGCUGUGGUCCUGCCUUUUCUUCAUCAUGCUCAUCUUCCUAGGGCUGGACAGCCAGUUUGUCUGUGUGGAGUGCCUGGUGACAGCCUCCGUGGACAUGUUCCCCAGGCAGCUCCGGAGGAGCGGGCGGCGAGAGCUCCUCAUCCUUGCCAUUUCUAUCCUGUGCUACCUGAUAGGGCUCCUCCUGGUCACCGAGGGCGGGAUGUACGUCUUCCAGUUAUUUGAUUAUUACGCUUCCAGUGGCAUAUGCCUGCUUUUCCUCGCAAUGUCGGAAGUAAUCUGCAUCAGCUGGGUGUAUGGGGCAGACCGUUUCUAUGACAACAUUGAGGACAUGAUUGGCUACCGGCCAUGGCCCCUGGUAAAGAUCUCCUGGCUCUUCCUGACCCCUGGACUUUGCCUGGCCACUUUCUUCUUCUCCUUGAGCAAGUACACACCUCUCAAAUACAACAACAUCUAUGUGUACCCUCCCUGGGGAUACUCCAUUGGCUGGUUCCUGGCUCUCUCCUCCAUGGUCUGCGUCCCACUCUUCGUCAUCAUUACCCUCCUGAAGACCCAGGGUACCUUCAAGAAGCGCUUGCGACAGCUCAUCACCCCUGACCCCAGCCUGCCACAACCCAAGCAACACCUGUGUCUGGAUGGUGGCACCAGCCAGGACUGUGGACCCUCCCCAGUGAAGGAGGGACUGAUAGUUGGGGAGAAAGAGACCCACUUAUAGGAUGUGGCUGAAAGCCAGGGGGCUCCUGAGCCAGGAACCUGGGGUCAGGGCCACCCUCUCCCCCCAGUGGACAGCCUUCGCCUCUGUUCCCACCACAGCCCUGUUGCGAAUGCCUGCGAUGUCUGGGGCACCCCCAGCGAAGGCAAGAUUUCCUCCUCUCUCCUCUCAGCGGAAGCAGCUCCUCCUGGUGGGCUCAGGACAGUCCCGCUGGAACAUGCCGCGCUGUGAAGCGACUCCCUUCUGGAACCCACUGUCUUAUUUAUAAAGAAGGGUGGUCUUUUUGGAGUUCACCAUCUGAUUAUAGCACAUUACAUUAUGAGGGAUCUCCUACUGCAGGGAUGUUUCCUGUUAGAAUUUACUAUAUUUGUGCAUUGGAAGAUAGUGCCAAUUGGAAUACACAUCAUGAUCUGAUUCAGAGAGCGCGAUGGAACACUGUGCUGGAAGUGGCACUGAACACAUCAUGUUGGACUCUGACAUUCCCUUAGAGGGGGCCCCUCACUAGGUGUAGCAUUCUGGAGUCCAGGGGGAGGGGACUAGAGAGUCAGCCAGGAGGCAGAUCUUCACAGGCCAUCAUUGCAUCGACGUUUCCAGGAGGCAGUCUCUCCCAGUGUUCCUAGUGCCAGUGCUAGUUCUACACUCUUCUUCAAAUGUUAUCAACUCAUGGAGCGUUCAAAUGGAAGGGACUUACAGAUGAUGCCUGGACUGUGUCCUAUGUCCAGGACAGACAUUUCUAAUUGAUUACCAAUUCUUUCCCACCUUCCAAAUAUAGUGCUCCAGGCAGCUUCAUUUGCCAUCCUGCUUUUGUCCAAAUCCCUGACUUCACGAAUGAGGACCAAUGAGACAAAGCGGCUUUUUCAAAUUCACGCAGUUCCUCAGCACCAGAGAGAGACGACUGGAACCUGGUCCUCUGUUUCUCGGCCAGUGUGCCCCCCGUUACCCCCUCCUGCGUUAAUAACCAAGCAUGUUAUAUGGAUGGCCUGCCCCGUGUGCUGCCUUCUUUACCUCACCCAUGCCUGUUCAGUUACGCUGUCCUGGGGUAGGAGGGAGAGAGGUCGCUUCUGUGAAGGGGUGAGCAGCUCUCCCUAGAGUGAUGCCUUCACCAUAGUAUUUUCUCUGCCAGCCCCUACUCAUCUGACCAGAUUUCCUCUCUAGACCCCUCAUUUUUGACACUUUCUGUCUCUCCUCCCACAGGGGCGGGCUUGGGGCCUGCAAGAGCCCUCAGGUCUCAAACAGAGAGGAAGGUGUGUGUGGGGGGUGCUCCUUUCCCCUCCCUACCAGAUCAUGCAGGUCUUUCUCUGGCCGGAGUAGGCUUUGUGGAGGUGGAAGGCAGGACUUGUGUUCAGAGGAAGCGAGGAGAGAGAGUGGAGGUGGGGUAGGCCACUCAGGAUAGUUUCCUGGGGGCAGGACCUGAGAGCUGGAAGAAAGGAAGUCACCUGGGGAGGAUUAUGUGUAGGUAGAUGUUACCCAGAGCCAAUGCCCAGUGGCUGGAGUAAAAAUAUGGUCUGGCCAUGGUGAGUUCCAUCUCCAACAGCCCCGGCAUCCUCAGAUCACUCACCACCCUUUGCCCAGAUAGGUAGGUGCUUCUCACUCGUAAGAACAAGUAUGUUGUCACACUGGGCACGAGCAGGUGUCCAGACUCCUGGGUUCUGGCAGUCUGCUUCUGCAUUCCUCUGGACCGCUCCGUGCACCUGUGUUUACCUUUCUUGGACUAGUCAGUGGGUCAAGAAGUGGGUACAGAAGGAAGGGAUGGAGAGAAAUGGCUUCAGUAAGAUCACACUCACUGAUGAGACUGGGGAGCCCUAGUUGAGGCUGGCACAGUGCUCUCUGCUGCCUCUUGGUGGCCAAUAGGAGCAGUGCCGCUUCCCCAGGUUCCCAGCAGGACCUCCUCAGCACCCUUCACAAACCGGAGGGAAGCGCCCUCACCCCGUCCUCAGGAUGCAUGGACAAGCUGAGCAGCUCUCCUUCCCUGUCAGCUUUCACCAUCUGGAACCCAAACACUUCCCUCAUCCUUCUCCCCAAGGUCCUGAUGGGGCUCUCCUAGAGAGACAACUUGCUUUGGGGCAGCCAGCUGCAGUGGAUAGGCGGGCAGCCAGCCAGGCUUCUCAGCUACCUGCUGCCACCCACACCUCGGCUCUGUCAGCCUGGGGGACAUUUUCUGUUGUGGGCAGGUCUGCACAGUGGUGGGGCACAAGCUCUCCCCAGCUCAUAGGGCCCUGAAUUGUCUCUCUGUCUCUGCAGACUGUUAACAGACACCAUCAUCCUCUCCCACCUUCCUCACCUCACAUACAUCCGCCAGACCCCCUGGCUCUAAACUCACAGGCUGUCUUAGAAGGUCUCUGUUCUGGCUCUGGGACUGCUGGGAGCACUCAGUAUAGAGCCCCCAUGGCCUGUGAGUCCAAAGAAUCUGGAGGGGUGGCUCGGGGCUGGAGGAAAGAGGGCGUUGGGGAAAGGGACUUCCAGCCAACUUCAUAGCUCAUAGGAGCCCACUCACAGCAUGGGCAAGGAGCAGCAAUUGGGCCCUUUAAAGUACCCCGAGCACUGAUACAGGUGUGUGUGUGUGUGUGUGUGUGUGUGCGUGUGCGUGUGUGCGUGUACAUAUGUGCACACAGAACAGGUAUUGGGUUAGCUGGGCUUGCUUCCAUCUCCUAGGCUGGGUUUCAUACUAGUGGCCAGAGGCCUAAUCUGGCAGCUAUGAUCUGUUUGGCCAGUAUGAUAUUAAAAUUUUUUUAAGUGUAUGCUUUUAGGUACUCUCCAGUUUGCUGCAGACUCCACAGCUCCAAAUUACCCAAACCUGAGCUUUUCACACAUUUGAGUCUAAAGGCAUUUGACUUCCUAACCUGUGCCCCAAGGGAAGGACUGAGACCUGUGGGCCAGGCAGGGAACCAGAACCCUUGCUUGAGCGGAGGGGCACCAAGGGCAGCGCUCUCAGGGUCCCAGUGCCUCAGAAGGGGGCAGUCCUGGGACAGCCAACACUCUGGCUUGUUCAUCUGUGGGUCUCCCACUCGGUAACCCUUGAAUCCUGGUCAGUUCUCCCCUUCCCACCAGCUCUUCCCUUUCCCAAAGAAGGGUGGUGGCCAAGUUUACUUUCAAAGCUAGACCUGAAGUCUAGACCAGUGGCCCAGCCACAAAGACCUCUGUUGGGUUUUGGGAUCACUUCUGCCUCCCAACCCCAUCAGUUCACCCAGAUGUGCUUAGGAACACCCUCCCCCCAAUUUCCCUUUAUUUUAGGCAAAAGCAUUUAACCUGACUGUGGUGCUCCUCCACAUGUGAGGCUGAGACUGUCUCACUUUUCUAAGCACCUGAGUUCCUCCUGGGAACCACGCCCGCCACUCCCAGGCUGGGCUCCCUGUGGAGCUGACUUGCCAAGGCUUCUGGUCUUGGGGUUGCAGCCCCCAACCACUCACCUUGGCUCUUCCCUUGGCAAGGCUGAACCUGGGUUUGGACUCUCCCCUCUUGUCUCAACUGGGAGCCCCUUCUCCACCCAGCAUGUGGGUUGCCUGUGAGGGAGCUGAGGAGUAAGCGAAGGUAUGCUCAGUGCCCUCUCUACUCCCUUCCCCCAAGCCAGGAGAGCGCAGGGAGCUGAAGAGGGCCUUGAACUCCACUGAGAUUGGAGCCCCAACCCCUGAUGAAUGGACUUCCCAUGUGCGAGACUACGGUCUGUGAGGAUUAGGUUGGAAGGGCACCUGACCAGGGGAGAUUGUUCCCUAUCUAGCCGGCAUCCCACUUCUACAGCUUCUCCCACCUGGUCCCAUGCAGGGCCCCACCAAAGAGAGCCUGGGUCUGGUUUGAGGCCUCCAGGUAUUGCUGGGCUCCACCUCCAGCUGACCUCCCAAACCACCCUCAGGUCCAGACCACCUUGUGGGUCUCAUGUCUGCUGCUCCCAUGGAAAGGAAGCAUCCGCUGUGACCUAUUUCAUCCUAGAGCGGUCUGGGGAUGCCAGCCUUGUCCUCAGGUCAGAGCUCCUCCCACCCUGUCAGAGAGAAAGAGAAUGUAAGCUGCCUGGCCUAUCAGCCUUGUGAGCCCUGAGCUGCCUUGGUGAGGGGCCAAGGUUACGGGAAUAAGAUUUGGGGCAGGAGAAAGGAACAGAAUCAUCUGGGAGUCACAGGGACAUAGAUUAGGAGGCCAGGAGGAGAGAGGUGUGGAUUUGGGAGGAAAGAUCCAGACUGCGGUUUGUGGGGAAACAUCAUAAUCGGAGGACGACGCUCAGCUCACCUGAGAGGCUAGCACCUCGCCCUGAAAUAGCCAGGGCACGGAGGAGCUCCUGGAUGAAACUUUCGGCGCACCCCUGCCUCCUUCUCCCCCAGGACCCCAGAUCUUCACCUCCUGCUGUUCAUGCCCUGACCCACAGCACAGAUGGAGGACGAGUGAGGGGCGUUUGCAGCUCGGUCAUAGAAGGCACCAAGGCUUCAUGAUCUCUUGGGUCACUGCCUCUGGUGGCAGCCGAUCGCCACACCACGUGGACACUCAGGCAGCCCCAUAGAGAGGCCCAUGUGGAAGGAGCUGAGGCUUCCGGCCAAGAGCCAUCACCAACUGGUCAGCCAGGUGAAUGAUCACUGUGGACAUGGAUCCCCCCGCCCCUGUCAAGCCUUCAGAUGACUGUCGGCCUGGCUGAUGCUGACUGCAACCUUAUGAAGAGCCCUGAGCCAGAAGAUACCCCACAAGGUGGGCCCUGAAUCACUGACCCACAUGAAAGAUAAUCAAUGUAUAUUGUGUAAGCCACGAGUUCUGGAGUAGUUUGUUCAGCAGUAGUAGAUACCUAAUAUGGGUCCUUGGCUUCCCUAAGUACAAGAAUCGCCCUUUUUGAGGGUGGGGUAUGCCCCUCAGAGCACUGUCCCUCAGCACUGCAGGAAGGGAGGCCUCGCUGGUGUUUGUCCUGUGUGAGCCCUUCGCCUUUCUCCCACAUCCUUAUCACUCUGACCCUCCAUAGCCCUGGGCCUUGCCCUCUCCUCCUUGCCCUGAGGCAGGUGAGGACUGCCUGCCUCUCUCCCUGCUGCUCUAGGCCUCACAUGCCCGCUCCCUGGUGACCCAGCGCACUGGCUUCCCUGCGGGUGUAGCUACUCAGGGAAGUAACAAGGGCUGAUUGGACUUGACAGGGGUGAAAGCUUGUUAACCACCCAUCAAUACAGAAGGUGGCGGGAGGACAGCAGAGGACGGUGGGGGCCAAGCCUGGCAGGUCAAAUGAGGCUGAAGUGGGUUGGUGUCCUGGGUCCUGGCACCUUGCAUACCAGCAUGCUCUACUUCCAGUGUGACGACCAGCAGUCAGGUGGCUGCUCCUGGGGUCUGAGGAGUUAAUGGGUUGACAGGGUGGGGAGGCGGGCACAUCAUUGCUAGGUGAUGCAACAGACAGAGAGAGGAAGGCUCUGAUGGCCUGGGUUCCUCCACAGGGUCAGUGCCCAACCCCAUGGCUGCAGCAAGAGUUCAGUCAAUACUCCUGACGCAAUUGCACUCGGAGGCUUUCUCUGCGCACACCAUGUCGCCCACCCACGCAGGGCCACUGCAGCGUAGCCAAAGGGCCCGAGGCCGGAACUCCCGAGUGCCACGUCAGCAGUCAGCAACGCUGUUACUAGCAGUGGACCGUCGCUCCAGGCGCCACUCAUUCCCUGUCUCCACUCCUCAGGGGUCUGGGAAGGUGGCCGGCACCCUCCCUGGUCCAGUGGGUGCUCGGCAAGUGCAGUUGGAAUCGGGGUCUGUUGCUGAGAGGAGGGUCCCGGAGGAGGCAGGGGCAAGGCCAGAAGGGCACACCAGGCAGAGGAACAGCUCCUAGCCCGCCGCAGGCUUCUCUCUCCUCUGUAUUAAUUCUAACACUUUUACCUCUUGAUUCUUUAGAGCUUUUUACAUAGAUAAUCAGACUGUCGGAAUUAAUUUCUCUGAUCAUCAUUCCUUUCAGUUUUUUCUUGACUUCCUUCACUUUGUAACUAGAAGUGGUGGGAGGAGGCAUCCUUGUCUCCUUCCUAAUUUUGAAAGGAAUUCUAACAUUUAACUAUUAGAAGGGUAAUAGUUGACGUAGAUUUUUGAAAAAUAUCAUUUAUUAGGCUAUGAAGUUUUCUUCUGCUCCAAUGUUUCUGUUUUUGUUUUGUUUGUUUUUUUAAAAGAAUAAGUGUUAAUCAGAUGGUAACUAGACUACUGUGAUGAUCAUUUCACAAUAUAUACAAAUAUUGAAUCAUUAUGUUGAAUACCUGAAACUAAUGGCAUAUGUCAAUUAUAUCUGUUUUCAAAAGUGUUGAUUUUUAUUGAUUGCUUUUUAUGCAUUUAUUGGGAAGAUCAUAUUGUUUUUCUCCUUUAAUCUGUUAAUGUGGUGAGCUGUAUUAAUAGAUUUUCUAAUAUUUAACUAUCUUUUAAUUCCUGGGACAAACCUAACUUGAUUAUGGUGCAUCAUUUUUUGCUUGCUAGUCAUUCAAUGCUAGAUUCAGUUUCUUAACAAUUUGUUUAGAAUUUUGUAUUUAUGCUCCUUUCUGACACUGUCCUAGCCUGAUUUAGUUUUUGUUAAUAAGGUUACACUAAACCUAUAAGGAGUCUGAAAGUUUUCUUUCUUUUUCUUUUCUCUGAAAGAGUUAAUAAGAGAUGGAAACUAUCGCUCUUUGACUGUACAGUAGAAUUUUGUAAAAUCA